UAAAAUAAGUUGUUAGAAUCAGAAACUGUUUGAAAUAAAUUUAACCAAACAAUUCAAAAUAAUUUUUUAAAAACCAAAAGCCAUAAAUUGACUUAAAAAAACUCCACCAAACACCCAAUAUAUAGUCACCAUUAAUACUACCAAUCAACACUGUUAUUCAUAUCUUAUAUCACCAUGUCAAUGUUUCUCCACACAACACACCCACUCAUGCUAAUCUCACUCUGUGUCUUUCUCUGCUUAUUGCAUGUAAUCUCAUGCGAAUUCCGGCGUCAUCGCAAGUUCUCCGGCAACGGACCACCCACGUAUCCAAUCAUCGGAUGCUUCGUUUCCUUCUACAAGAACAGCCACCGUCUGUUAGACUGGUACACCGAUCUCCUCUCCCACUCAUCCAAUCAAACGAUCGUAAUUCAUCGAUUCGGAGCUCGCCGAAUCGUCGUGACGGCGAAUCCAGAAAACGUGGAGUACAUGCUCAAGACGAACUUCUCUAACUACCCCAAAGGCAAGGCCUUCACUCAAAUCCUUGGCGAUUUUCUCGGCUGUGGCAUUUUCAACGUGGACGGUGAGCUCUGGCACAUCCAGCGCAAGCUAGCAAUUCACGAGUUCAGCGCCCAGUCGUUACGAGACUAUGUUGAGAACACGAUGGAAGAAGAGUUUGAAGGUAAGCUCUUGCCGAUAAUGGAGUCGCUGGCAAUGGAGGAUGAUAACAAGGCUGUGGACUUGCAAGAGCUGUUGAAAAGACUCGCAUUCGAUAUCAUCUGUAGAGUUUCGUUAGGGAUUGAUUCUUCUUCCCUAGAUCCAUCUCUGUCUGUUUUGUCGCUCGCUAGAGCUUUCAAUGUGGCUUCGGAGAUAUGCGCAAGACGAGCUUCAGAGCCUUUGUUCGUUAUGUGGAGGAUUAAAAGAGUGCUCGGAGUUGGAUCGGAGAGAAGACUCAGAGACGCCAUUGAAGAAAUCCAUGCAUUCGUCACAAAGAUCAUUCAUGACAAGAAAGAGAUUAUCGCAAAAGAUGGAGAGAAAAAAGGUGAAGAUUUGUUGACAAAAUUGAUAUUGGCAGGGCACGAUGAGAGGGUGAUAAGAGACAUGGUGAUAAGCUUUAUAAUGGCGGGAAGGGACACGACCUCGGCAGCAAUGACGUGGCUGUUUUACCUGCUUUCCCGCCAUCCUGAAGUAGAACAAGAGGUGGUGAAAGAGAUAGAAUUAGUUGCAGGUGAGAGAUUAUCAGAUAAUGAAUCACUCAAGGAAAUGAGGUUUUUGAAGGCAUGUCUUUGUGAAUCCAUGAGGCUGUAUCCACCGGUGGCGUGGGAUUCAAAACACGCUAUCACCGAUGACUGGUUGCCAGAUGGUACGCCAGUGCUUGCCGGAGAUAGAGUGACUUACUUCCCUUAUGGAAUGGGGAGGAUGAAGGACCUGUGGGGUGAAGACCAGUUCGAGUUCAAACCGGACAGAUGGUUUACUGAACCGGACAAGGAAGGAAGAGGAGAGCUAAUGCAAGUAAGUCCCUACAAGUUUCCGGUUUUUCAAGCCGGUCCAAGAAUGUGUCUGGGGAAAGAAAUGGCUUUCGUUCAAAUGAAGUAUGUUGUAGCUUCAAUACUAAAGCGGUUUGAGAUCAGACCGUCUGGUUCGGACCGGUCCAUAUUUGUGCCAAUGUUGACUGCUCAUAUGGCUGGCGGUUUCAAUGUUUUUAUCCGCAGGAGACAAAAACCCGUCGUGAAGAGACCUCAAAAUUGAUUAAUCAGUUCGCAAGUCAACGGUUUCGAUUUUAAAAUUGGCCAUUGUUCUGUAUAUUUGAUGAGUCGUGCAUUAAAAGCUCACAUGUGCCAUGACUCUGAUUAAUAUUGUUUUUUUCGGUAGAUUGAUGAGGAAUAUAAAUUCAUAGAUAGAUACACAAUUCUUUCAUAUUUA